AUGUCUUUCGAAGAGACCGAGUCGUCGGAGCUCGGUCUGAGUGGACCGUCCACGAUGGAGCGCUUUCUUUUCAGCUGUGAGCUGUCGUCCAAAGUCCCGUUUUUUACUUUCCAAGGAGAUGAUGAGGAUGACACGGAGCAUUUCCUCGAGUUUAGAACAGUGUGUUUAGGAGAAGGUGCAAAAGAGGAAAGCAAUGUGGUGGAGGUGACGGCGAUGAACCAUCAAGGAAAGACCAUCUCUGUACCUGUAGCCAACCUUCACAUAAAUUGUCUCCCGAUGGUAAGUUUGGGCGAGUUUGAACUGAAAGCUCCUGUAACCAUCCGACUCAAGGCAGGAUCUGGCCCAGUAAAUAUCAGUGGACUGCACCUCAUCUCCUCACAAGAAGAGUCAGACCUGUCUGGAGAUGAUGAUGAGUUUGAAGAUGAUGAAAAUCUGAGCCCCAUAAAACCAGCAAAAAAGAAACAGAAACUGUAA